CCGGUCUCUCCACUUUUUACCUUUCUCCGUCCUGCAAUCUGGGUUCCCACCGGCAGCCCUGGAGGCAGCCGCCGCCUCUCGGGGUGUGAGUGGGAGCCAUGUGACUCGCCGGUGAGUCGGGGCGUGCGGCUGCCUCCUGCUUCAGAGCUACCUGAUUCGAAUACUAAGCAGAGAGAGGCGAGCGAGCGAGCGAGCGGCGCUGCCUCUGGUUGUGCCAGAGACACGCCGAAGGAGAGAGCAGCAGCCGCGGCCGCCACUGCAGAGAGCGAGAGAGAGAGCGAGGCGGCGAGGGCGCGCGCGCGAGAGAGGUGCCCGUUCCCAAGAGCGCAGAAGAUGGAGAUUAAAGACCAAGGGGCGCAAAUGGAGCCGCUGCUGCCCACGUUUUUAAUCGAGCACAGAGAUGAAGAUUGGAGGCAGGAAAAUGGUGCCCCCUCUGGAAUCUACUGCCAAAAUGCCACGUCUUCAUGUCACUUCAUGAGGAAUGAUGAGGAGGCAGUGGUGGACACAGGUGGAACACGCUCCCUUCUCAAAACACAUUUCGAAAAGGAAGACUUAGAAGGUCACAGAACUUUGUUUAUUGGAGUUCAUGUGCCGCUGGGAGGAAGGAAAAGCCAUCGACGCCAUCGACACCGAGGGCACAAACACAGAAAGAGAGACAGAGAACGGGAUUCAGGUUUAGAAGAUGGCAGAGAGUCUCCUUCAUUUGACACCCCUUCCCAGCGGGUACAGUUUAUUCUCGGAACUGAAGAUGACGACGAGGAACACAUCCCUCAUGACCUCUUCACAGAGCUCGAUGAACUUUGCUGGCGCGAAGGAGAAGAUGCUGAGUGGAGAGAGACAGCCAGGUGGUUGAAAUUUGAAGAAGAUGUUGAAGAUGGAGGAGAGCGGUGGAGUAAACCAUACGUUGCCACGUUAUCGCUUCACAGCUUGUUUGAACUGAGAAGUUGUAUCCUCAAUGGCACUGUGUUGCUUGACAUGAGAGCAAAUUCUUUAGAAGAAAUUGCAGACAUGAUUCUUGAUCAACAAGUAGGCUCAGGACAGCUCAGCGAAGAUGUUCGUCACAGGGUGCACGAAGCUCUGCUCAAACAGCACCACCAUCAGAAUCAGAAGAAGCUAAGCAAUAGGAUCCCAAUAGUCAGGUCCUUUGCUGAUAUCGGCAAGAAACAGUCUGAGCCUCAUUCCAUGGACAAAAAUGCAGGUCAGCUUGUUUCCCCACAGUCUGCACCAGCCAGCAUUGAAACAAAAAAUGAUGUGAGCAGAGAAAACAGCAGCGUUGAUUUCAGCAAGGGACUAGGAGACCAACAAAAAGGGCAUAACAGUAGUCUAUUUGGGAUGAAACAAAGACAUGAAAAAGGACACCUGCAUCAGGAAGAGAGAGAGAGAGAGGUUGACCUGCAUUUCAUGAAAAAGAUCCCCCCUGGAGCAGAAGCGUCAAACAUUCUGGUUGGCGAGCUGGAAUUCCUGGACCGUGCUGUAGUGGCUUUUGUUAGGUUGUCUCCUGCCAUGCUGCUUUCGGGACUAGCGGAAGUUCCAAUCCCAACGAGAUUUUUAUUUAUUCUUCUGGGACCUCUAGGAAAAGGCCAACAGUUCCAUGAGAUUGGCAGGUCAAUUGGAACCUUAAUGACAGAUGAGGUGUUUCAUGACGUUGCCUACAAAGCGAAAGAUCGUAAUGAUUUGGUUGCUGGGAUUGAUGAGUUUCUCGACCAGGUGACAGUUCUGCCUCCUGGAGAAUGGGACCCAACGAUUCGUAUAGAGCCUCCCAAAAAUGUUCCCUCUCAGGAGAAGCGUAAGAUUCCAGGUGUGCCAAAUGGAACUGCUGCUCAUGGAGACAUAGCACCAGUUGGAGGUCACUCAGGACCAGAACUGCAACGUACUGGAAGGAUUUUUGGGGGCUUGGUUUUAGAUGUCAAGAGGAAAGCGCCAUUCUUUCUGAGUGACUUCACUGACGCGUUCAGCCUGCAGUGCUUAGCUUCGUUUCUCUUUCUCUACUGUGCUUGUAUGUCUCCUGUUAUCACGUUUGGUGGUUUGCUGGGAGAAGCAACGGAUGGCCGCAUAAGUGCAAUAGAAUCUUUGUUUGGUGCAUCUAUGACUGGCAUAGCCUAUUCGCUCUUUGGUGGACAGCCUCUGACCAUACUAGGGAGUACGGGUCCAGUUUUGGUGUUUGAAAAGAUACUGUUCAAAUUUUGCAAGGAAUAUGGACUGUCGUACCUUUCUCUGAGGGCAAGCAUUGGCUUGUGGACUGCAACUCUGUGUAUCAUCCUUGUUGCGACCGACGCCAGUUCGCUUGUGUGCUACAUCACUCGAUUUACGGAAGAAGCUUUUGCGUCCCUUAUCUGCAUCAUUUUCAUUUACGAGGCCUUAGAGAAGCUCUUUCAUCUCAGUGAGACAUAUCCAAUCAACAUGCAUAACAGUUUGGAACAACUGACACAUUACUCAUGCAGCUGUAUGGAACCAGACAACCCCAGCAAUAAUACUUUGCUAUACUGGCAGUCCAAAAACAUGUCUUCGUCAGAGAUACCUUGGGGAAACCUAACUGUGUCAGAAUGUAUGGACUGGCAAGGGGCAUUUGUAGGACACGCCUGUGGACACCAUGGUCCUUACGUCCCAGAUGUUCUCUUCUGGUCAGUCAUCUUAUUCUUUUCUACAGUGACACUGUCAUCCACGCUUAAGCAGUUCAAAACCAGUCGAUACUUCCCGACCAAGGUGCGGUCUGUAGUGAGUGACUUUGCCGUCUUUCUCACCAUCCUGUCCAUGGUUUUAGUUGACUAUGCCCUUGGGAUCCCAUCACCAAAGCUCCAAGUUCCCAAUGCUUUCAAGCCCACCAGAGAUGAUCGUGGCUGGUUCAUUUCGCCUUUGGGGACCAAUCCUUGGUGGACAGUGCUGGCUGCGCUAAUCCCGGCUCUGCUUUGUACUAUUCUGAUAUUUAUGGACCAGCAGAUUACAGCUGUUAUUAUAAACAGAAAAGAACAUAAACUAAAGAAGGGCUGCGGCUAUCACCUGGACCUGCUGAUGGUGGCUCUCAUGCUGGGCGUGUGCUCCCUCAUGGGCCUGCCAUGGUUUGUUGCCGCCACCGUUCUCUCCAUCUCUCACGUGAACAGCUUGAAGCUGGAGUCGGAGUGCUCUGCUCCAGGAGAGCAGCCCAAAUUCCUUGGCAUCCGCGAGCAGCGGGUCACAGGACUCAUGAUAUUCAUCCUGAUGGGCUCGUCCGUUUUUCUGACCAGAGUUCUUAAGUUUAUCCCUAUGCCAGUGCUUUAUGGUGUAUUUCUUUACAUGGGUGCCUCUUCUCUAAAAGGAAUUCAGCUUUUUGACAGAAUCAAGUUAUUCUGGAUGCCUGCCAAACACCAGCCUGACUUCAUCUACCUGAGGCAUGUCCCUCUCCGAAAAGUCCAUCUCUUCACCGUCAUCCAGCUGAGCUGUCUUGUACUGCUGUGGGUUAUCAAGGCUUCAAGAGCUGCCAUUGUCUUUCCUAUGAUGGUCUUGGCCCUGGUGUUUGUUAGAAAACUCAUGGACUUAUUUUUCACAAAACGGGAGCUCAGCUGGUUGGAUGAUUUGAUGCCAGAGAGCAAGAAAAAGAAGUUGGAGGAUGCUGAAAAAGAGGAGGAACAAAGCAUGUUAGCGAUGGAAGAGGAAGGCACAGUUCAGUUACCACUAGAUGCACAUUACAGAGAUGACCCAUCUGUAAUAAACAUUUCUGAUGAAAUGUCAAAAACAGCUGUGUGGAAGACACUGUUGAUAUCGACAGAAAAUACCAAGGAUAAGGAGUCCAGCUUUCCUUCUAAAAGCUCCCCUACCUAAUCUCUCUUGAAGCUGAUUCCCCAAAGCACUGAAAGCCGAAAAGAGAAGAAAGCUGACUCAGGGAAAGGUGUGGACCGCGAGACUUGUCUAUGACUUGCUCUUCAGUUUAUUUUUAUAAACAGAUGUGAGGAGUGCCACAAUCAUAAACCUGUACGCGAUUUGAUCCUUUCGUUGUACAACCUGUCUUUCAUCCCAAAGUAGCACUGGUAAUGUAAGUAGUGCAAUACGUGCUUUGGUUUGCUGUCUGCUUAUCACCCGGGCCCUAAUCUGCGCAGAAAUUAACUCUAGCCAGUGAGAGAAUCCUGUACCCUCCAUGCUUGGGGGGGGGGGGAAUCCAGCUGAUUCAACCUAUGUCAUCCAUUCAAGAAGUGAACAGUGUCUCCUUUCAAACUUCUCUCUAUCUGUUCAGUAGCCUUGGACUGCAUUUUCCUUCUUUGCCCGUGAAACGUAUUUUCAUAGCUUCUCCAUCUCAGCAGACAAACAAACUUGAAAACAGCUCUCCCCCCCACAGCCCCGUCCUGUCCUUUUUAUAGCUUAGCUUUCAGCCAGCUAUUUGAGGAGAUCUGAGAUAACAAAAGAAAUGUUAGCUUU